UUUAUUUUAAUAUUGAUAUUGUAUUUAAUUUAAUAAUAAAAACUGUAAAUGAAAGCAGCUUUCUCGCAUACAUUUUUGAUCCCGUUGUCGGAACAAAAAUUUCGCAUGUAUCGAUAUGGAAAUAUUUGGUACAUGAAUACAUGCUCUGAUCAAUUUAGAUCUAUAUAAGAUUUAUAUAGAUCUAAAUUGAUCAGAGCAUGUAUUCUGGAAUUUUAAAAUAUAUUUAAAUUUAAUUUAAAACGGCUCGUAUGUUGUGACUUGGAAUAAGCCUUUCUUCGUAGAAGAAGGAAAUAUUAAUUUAUCCCUAUAACCCAUCUAUGAAUGAUAAUAUUUAAUCAGUAAUAUCGACAAAUUCUUGCAGAGCCAAAAGAAAAUAAAUAUGAAAAUUAAAUAAAAAAAAGGAUCUACCGACUGUUACAAUUUCAUCUUUAUCGAGUUAUCGAAUUUUAAUAUCAGAAUAGUGGAUAUAGUCAUGAUUCAAUAGGUUAGGUCCACUUACUUUUUUUGUUGUUUUCUAAUCUUUAGAAUGGAUUUGGUUGGAAUAAUGGAAAGGGAUAUUUAUCGAUUCAAGGAGACGACUCUUCAUUAUUCAAUAGAAUAUUACAUUAAAUAUAAUAUAAUAUUAUUCAUUAUAAUUAUAAUAAUAAAUAAUAAUUUCGAAUAGCUAAUAUUAAAUAUAAAAUAAUAAUAGGACAAUUAUUCCAAAUUCAUAAUAAUAUAUAUUUAUUAUUAUUAGAAUCUAAAUUUAAAUUAGAAUACAAAUAUAAAAAGAAUAGAAUAAAUUAAUAAAUAAACAAAUGUUCCACUUUAUAACUAUAAUUACUAUACUAUUAUUCAUUAUAAUUAUAAUAAUAAUUUAUUAUCAUUAAAUAAAUCAUUAAAUUAUGAAAUUGAAUGAUCAGGUUUGUUACUUUUUUAGUAUUAGUAGAAAUACCACCAAUAUCUCUAUUCCCCCUUGAAAUAAGAAUACUUUGACUGGGAUUUUAUGAAAAAAGCCAAAGCCCCUUAUCGGAUUUGAACCGAUGACUUACGCCUUACCAUGGCGUUACUCUACCACUGAGUUAAAGGGGCCCAUUUUUUUUUAUUCAAUUACUGAAUAAGUCAUUCGCCACUAUGAGUCUAGUGCAUAUACUGAUUAUAAUAUAGAUGGAUGUACAUUCUAAUCUAUAGAUGUACAUAGAUAUAGUUUAGUGCACAUAUAUAUCUUAUGCACAUGGUGGACCAUUCAGGAACGAGAAAUUCAAUUUCUCUAGUGAGUAUAGAGUAAACUAGUGAUUAUGGGUAAACCCAAAACGGUUUAUUAAGAUUGGAUUUACUAAAUAGCAACGCAAGAAAUUUUUUCAAGACCGACCCUAAUUGAAUUGAUCCACAUCAUAACGAAAUUCAUUUGAUUGAUACAUAGACUUGCCAAUUCAAUAUAGAUCUAAGAUAUUUCCUCGAAUCAUUGAUAAAAAGAUUUUUUUUACUUGUUUCUCUAACUCAAUUCUUAGAGAAAAACAAUUUUCAAUAACUUGUUGAUCCCUAUCCCUCUUCCCAGAUUUCCAGAUUUAUCGUUUUUUUUUUGCAUUUCCGAGCUUAGUGUAAGAUAAAAAUAUGUCUAUCUAAUCUUAACAAAAUGAAUGAAUCAAUGAAUGAAAGUGGAAGAAAUGGAGUUUCAUUACCCUUUCUGGUCUCGCGGACCAAUCACUCCCCGAAAGGUCCUAUACCUCGUAUUAUUUCUAUUCGACCUAUUUUUUUUUUAAUAUUUACUUUUUAAUAGAAAUAUCGAUUUAUAAUGAAUAUCAAUUUAUUCGUAUAUUUAUUUUAGUUCUUAUAUUUAUUUGACUCUUUAUAUUAUCGAAUCUAAUUAUUCUAUGUAUAAUUAAUUAGAAAUAGAAUUGGAAUAAUAUUUCAAAGAUUUUAUGAAAUGGUGAUUCGAAUGAAUGAUUCAUGAAUAUAAAUAUGAAUCAAAACAAAAGAUUCUAUGGAAUCAUGAAAGAGGGAUCUUUCCCUCAGAUUUAGUCAUACCAUUAGAUUGACAAUUUCAAAAAGCUGUUCAUACUAUGAACAUAGUAUGAGGGCGGUCGGGUAAGUAUGCCCCCAUCGUCUAGUGGUUCAGGACAUCUCUCUUUCAAGGAGGCAACGGGGAUUCGACUUCCCCUGGGGGUAGGGUACUACGCAAGGAAGUUGAUCAUGGAUUAUCAAUAUGCCUGGAAUUGAUUCUUCCUGGGUCGAUGCCCGAGCGGUUAAUGGGGACGGACUGUAAAUUCGUUGGCAAUAUGUCUACGCUGGUUCAAAUCCAGCUCGGCCCAAUAAUUCACCGAUCCACCAUGAAAUGAAUAACCCAUUUGUUGUUCCCCAGAAAGGCCUAAUCGGAAUACGGAAGACUAAAGAAAAGUGAGAUUUUCUGAUAUAUUUUUACCGCUGUUCAUUUGCUCUAUUUAUUUUUUUCCACAAAUUCAGAUCUUGUUUGCUAAUGAUCCAUCUAGAUUCAUAUAAGGAUCCGGAGGUAUAAAGUCUAAGGUAAAGAAUAAAAUAAAGAAUAAAGAAAAAAACUCUUUUUUUUUUUCAUUGAAAGUGAAAGAUUGAUUUGAUUAUCAAUCAAUUUCUAAAAAACGAAAGGAUUACUAACAAUUUGCGAGACACUCCCACUAAAGGGCAUAUCCAUGUGGAUAUCAAAUAUAUCAUGCGGAUUUAUGUUACAAUACGACUAUUCUAAUCUAAAUAAAAUAGAAAGGGUUUGAAUGAAAUCAUAAGAAUAUGUAUGAUGUAUACUUUAUUUGCUUGGGAUUGUAGUUCAAUUGGUCAGAGCACCGCCCUGUCAAGGCGGAAGCUGCGGGUUCGAGCCCCGUCAGUCCCGACGGAUCCAAAUACAAUAAAAAAAAAUACAUCAAUUCAUCUCUUCGUUUUCUUUGAAAGGGAGAACAAAUAGCAGAAUUUCAUUCCCAGGGGGAAUGCUCUCUUAUUUUAUUUAUUUAUUUUUUCCUUUCACAUUUCUCAUCAAAGAAAUACGGGAAUUCCCAUUUAUUCAACUAGUACCGAUUGAAAGGCGAAAGGCAUAUGUAAAUUAGUACAAUUAUUGGUAGAAGCAUAUUCAGGAUUCCAAGAGAUACCGUACGGAGUCCGUCUUUUUCGAUUAUUCCCGAUCUGUGUAAUGUAAUAGAGUACUAUAUGUUUCAAGUAGGACAUACAAAAUAAAAUUUAACAUAGUAACCUUGAUAUAAUACUUUUAAGAUUAAAGGUAUAUCCCUUUCUAUUUCUAACUACGAUUUUGUGUAACCUCAAUUACUAAUUGAAAUUAGUAAUGCGAAUUUGAAACAAUUUAUCUCAUUCAACUUUCACACUGAAUUUUUGAUAUAUGUGCAUCCUGUAAUUAAUCCAAGGAAAUAGUAUAUUACUAAUAGUAUAUUAAUAAAAUAAAAAGAAAGCUCAAAAAAGAAGGAUCCCAUCUCUCUUUCUCUCUUAGCGAGGGCUAUCUCUCUUAGUGAGAGUGAGGGAAUGAAUAAUCUUUUUUAAGUUUAAGGGUCCUGCCGAAGAAAGAACAGGGUUUUUAAUGAAUUUGAUGGAAUACUAUAUUUUUUAUACCCCGGCUUUCCUUAUUAUAUAUUAUACUUAUACUUCUUUGUUUUCCAAGAAGAUUAGAUCAUUAAAGAUUAAAGGGAGGUUCGAACUUACCUUUUUACAUUUUGCUUCUAUUGUUUAUUUUAUUGGGUUUUUUAUAACCAAUGUAAGUAAGUGUAAAGGAGGUCAUAUGAUAUCUCAUCAGAUGCUUAAGGGGGGCGCACUUUAUAGAAACUGUAGUUUAAAGAAACUAAAGAGUGGAAUAGAAUGAUAAAUAACGUAAAAGAAUUAUUGAUCGGAUUCAUAAUCCGAAUUGCAAUUCGGUAUGGAUAAAGGAUCUUCCUAUGUUAUACUAUUUAAUUCUCGACGAUGAAUCAAUUAAUUUGAUAGCUCAGAUAUUGUUAUUCAUAAUAUUGAUCUGAUUCGAUAUCAUCGAGAUGUAAUUCAUACCAUUGAAUAUUGCAUUUACAGGCGAAAGGUUUAUCAGCUCUAUGGGAUUAAAUCCCGAGUUAUUUCAAAUUAAAUAAAAAUGAAACGAUGAGAUUAUGGAAGUAAAUAUUCUCGCAUUUAUUGCUACUGCACUGUUCAUUCUAGUUCCGACUGCUUUUUUACUUAUAAUAUACGUAAAAACGGUCAAUCAAAAUGAUUAAUUUGACUUAAACUUGACUGUUUCGUUCUUAUCAAUGAUUGAAAAGAAAAAAUAAAAAUUAAAAGUAUUCCAAUUUCAUGUCUUAAAUGAAACAAGCGGACUAGAAUUAUCAGUAUGGUAGAAAGAUUCAUAUAUUUCUUUCUACCAUACUUAUUAUAUUAUUGUAGUAUAUAAAGUUUUACUGUAUAAAGAUAGAGGUUUAAUAUAGAUCAAUCCACAAUAUCUAUCUUCAUAGAUAUCAAUUACAUAUAGAUAUAAAUUCCAUACAUCUAUGUACAUAGCGUACCAAUUCUAUUUCUUUGUUUUAUCUAUUUAAUUUGUGUUGAUUGCAAUUAUCAAUAUAAAAAAAUAGAAGGGCAACUCUUACUCUUACGGUUCUAAUUCCUAGAAUUUAUGAUUCUUUUCAAUAUGAGAAUCCUGGUAUCCACCGAAAGAAUCAAAUCGAUGAAGUAAAAAAAGUAUAGGCGUAUAUUAAUAAACGAGAAUCACAUAAUUUUUUUUUAGCAUUCCGAAUAAAUAAUUGAUUGAGCAGUUGACAGAUGAUCCGGGGGUUCGGUUCCAUGGGGAACCUCCUUGGAUUUCGAAAAGGAUUAGUAAAGCACACUCGUUUUUAUUUUUAACGCUUGAACCGUGAUAUGAAAUGAGUUCAAUAAAGCAAGCAUAGCAUAAAUCGAAUUUCUAAAAUAAUACAACAAAUAAUAAAGCAAGCGGUAACGCGCAAUAUGUGACUUGCCCAAGGCAAUAUUUUAUUAUGUGGAGUAUUUCGUUGGACAACCACUAUGUCUAUGUUGUUUCCCAUAGAGAGUCUGUA